GCUUUUGUCGUCAGUGUUUAUUUCUGCACCUGUUUAUACAGGAUACGAACGCAGUGCCAUGUACUGCAAGGAAGGUUGUUAUUGAGGAAAAUCGCGCCACCAUGUUUCUCCUCUAAAAUGCAGAAAGUUGGGCGACCGUCCAAACGCUCCCGAUGCUUCUGUUAUUGAAUGAAUGUCAGAAUGAAGACCUUUCUUGUACAUUUUUGCCCAACCUAGACUCAGAUACCAACCGCCCAUCAGACGCUACGUUGACAUCUUAGGAAAUACUGUUAGAAAACACGUCCACUGGGAGACUGAGCAAAAUGGAACUUCAAAAACAACAAGCCCAAUUAAAGAGAUGCGAAAGUCUUCUAAAAGCAUGUUUCUUCCUGUACAUUGCGUUCAUGGCGUACAGUUAUGUAUUAACGAUGCCGGUUAGCUUGAAUCGUUUAGUUGGUUACAACAAGACUGAAGUUUCUCGGGAUGGAGUCGAAAACGUGUCUCUUAUUCAGCGCUCAGCACUCCCCAGAUACGACAACUUCGUUCCUUCGGAUUAUAACAAUCAGUCCUCACGAUUUUAUCAAACCUGGAACGUUGAAGCGUCGACCCUGUCAGUAAAGAAGCCGCCAGACCACAAGAAGAUCAUCAUUUGGAGCACGACUAAGAAAUGGCCGAGACCAAAGUCGAUACCUUGUUUCUCCAUGCCCCAGUGUGAAUUCAUCAAGAUUAAUAACAAAAAGCAACGAAGGAAGAUAGAUACAGAAGAUGCCGACGCCAUUGUCUUUCGAGGAGUGCAUGAUAUACCUGCAGUCUACCGCAACAGUCACUUUCCCAAGACUCGGCCUGAGCAUCAGAUUUGGAUAUAUUUUGCGUACGAACCCCCAACCAUCACAAGAGACUGGGACUUAAUUUCUUAUAAUGGCAUCUUUAAUUGGACCAUGUCCUACAGAAACGAUUCCGACAUUCUCGCGCCGUGGGGCCAUAUCACCCCGCUUUACAAAGCACUGGCUGGAAACCCGCCUCCUACAAACAAGGAUUACGCAAGAGAGAAAUCUAAGCUAGUCAUAUGGUAUGCGAGUUAUUGCUACAGAUAUUUGGACAGGUUUAGCUACGCUCGUGAGUUGAUGCAGUACAUCCGGGUGGAAGUUUUUGGAGCAUGCGGAAAUGUGAGUCGCUCUUGUAAGAAGGAUAGAAAAGACUUGUCAUGCUUAAGGGAUCAUAUACGCCCGUACAAGUUCUAUUUGGCAUUUGAAAACUUCAGAUGCGUGGAAUACAUAACGGAAAAGUUCUGGCACAAUUCCCUUGAUUACGAUGUCGUUCCAGUCGUACUCGGCGCUCAAAAGGGUGACUAUGAGAGAGUUGCUCCACCGAACUCUUUUAUCCAUGUUGAUGACUUCGGAUCCCCAGAGGCAUUGGCAAACUAUCUGAAGUAUCUGGACCAGAACGACGAUGAGUAUAACAGAUAUUUUGCAUGGAAAACCGCUCCUCCAAAAAACCUCCCCGACUACGAGUCUAGAUUCUGUGAAGUCUGUAAGAAACUCCUGCAGGUGUCCCGGACGGAGAGAAAGGUGUACACGGACUUAGACAGGUGGUGGAGAGGCGAGAACUACGAGUUCUGUCAGCCGAUGAUGUGGGUUGGCGAGAAACAUAGCAAACCAGAGUAUGCAGCGCGUUUUCGCUAAUAUCUGAGUGUGUAUUCAAUACGUCGCACAAAGAAAGCUUACAGGCCAGGGAGAAAACACCAAAUAAAGGUGGCAACGCUUAUGUACAGAUUGAAAUAAAAUAGAAUAGAAAAUUUA